ACGAAUACAAAGAUCGCGCGCCCUCUUCUGGGCGUUUUAAAUGCACGUACUUGUCAGCUGACCUGAAGUGAGAUCACAUGACCAGCACGAGACACACGAAAACAGGAAACCGGAAGAGAUUUUCUAAAUUCUGGCUGUGUGUCGAUGUAAGGAUGGCGUCAGCAGUGGAGAGGACAGAUGAUCUUGUACGUGAAUAUUUAAUAUACCGUGGAUUUACGGGCACUCUCAAACAUCUAGACGCUGAAAUCAAAGCUGACAAAGAGAAAGGAUUUCGAGUGGAUAAAAUAAUCGAUCAGCUUCAGCACUUCAUUCAGAACUUUGACCUUGCUGGACUGAAAGAAUAUUGGAGCUACCUGGAUCACAGACUCUUCAGCCGUUUGGAGGAUGUUUACAGACCCACUGUUAACAAACUGAGGACAAGCCUCUUUCGUUACUAUCUCGUGUACACUGUUCAGACAAAGAAUCUGGAGAAGACUCAAGAGUUUUUCCAGAAGCAGGCUCUUGAUCUUCAGGGCCAGGUAGAAUGGCGUGAUUGGUUCAUCCUGCCAUUUAUUCCAGCUCCGGAGCAAAAUCCGAGCUUCUCUCCGUAUUUUUCCCGCCAGUGGGCCGAUACUUUCCUCGUUUCCCUCCACAACUUCCUCAGUGUUCUUUUCCGGUGUAUGCCCCAGCCUGUGCUUCUGAGUUUUGAUGCUGAAGUUCAGAGAAGCAACAGCAUCCAGGAGGAGAAUGAACAGCUGCGCCAAGUGUUAUUUGCACUUCAAGGAGAACCAAGGCCUAAAAAAGCAGAGGAGAUGUUGCAUCACAAACUCCCUGCUUACGUCCAGCACAUGGACCGACUCGGAGAUACAGAGCUGGACUUGGUGUCGAGCCAGCGUGUCAUAAACCCGACCACUCCUUCAAGGAAUUUCUUCUCCUUUUUGCCUCAGGGCAGAAGAGCCCCAGUGCGAACACCUCAGGGGGCAGCAAGCUCCUCCCCCACACAGGCCACCCUCGGGAGGAAGGAAACUUCGGCCAGUCAGGCAGGGAAGAUAAAGGACCCCGCAACCUCAAAAGAGUCCAAGAUGGCACCCGUUGCUGCUACUUCGGCAGACACGGGUGCAAGGCAAAAGAGGCAGAUGGAUCAUGAGAAAGAGAGAAAAGAGCUUUUCUCCAAACAAGUAGCACAGAGUUCUGAAAAGAAGGUUGAGAUUUCUGAGGCCGAGGGUCAAAUCGAGGGCCAGUGUGACACAACUGACUCGCCAACCAAACAGGCUCAGGCUAGCAGUGAAGGGGGCGGGUCCGGGACUGAGCAACCGUUCAUCAAACUUAGUCAGGAAGAGUAUGGAGAGCAUCACUCUUCCAUCAUGCACUGCAGGGUGGACAGUUCAGGUAGAAAAGUGGCAAGUCUAGAUGUGGAUGGUGUAGUGAAAGUUUGGUCCUUCAACCCCAUUAUGCAGACGAAAGCCACCAUUAUGUCCAAAUCUCCUCUGCUCUCACUGGAAUGGGCUACAAAACCAGACAGACUGCUGUUGUUGGGCAGUGGGGUUGGCACAGUGAGGCUGUAUGAUACAGAAGCCAAGAAAAAUCUGUAUGAAAUGUCCAUAGACGAAGCUCAUCCACGGAUACUAUCGCUGGCCUGCAGUCCCAGUGGAACAUCUUUUGUGUGUUCAGCAGCAGCUCCUGUGGCUCGUUCAGGCAGCAUGUCAGAAACAGCGCCACGUCUGAUGCAGCCCAUCUCAGGACAACUGCUGCUCUGGGACACUAAGACUGUCAAACAACAGCUGCAGUUUGCACUGGAGCCGGGGCCUGUGGCUGUAAACUGCAUUGCGUUCAACCACAACGGGAAUCUUCUUGUAACUGGAGCUGCUGAUGGCAUCAUACGCCUGUUUGACAUGCAGAGGUAUGAGAGUGUUAUGAGUUGGAAGGCUCAUGAUGGUGAGGUGUAUAGUGUUGAGUUCAGCUAUGAUGAAAACACUGUGUUCAGCAUUGGAGAGGAUGGCAAGUUCAUCCAGUGGAACAUCCACCGCUCUGGAGUGAAACAGUCAGAGUACUCGUUAUCUCAGGAUGCCGUGGGACCGUUUGUGCUGUCCGGCUACAGUGGUUAUAAGCAGGUCCAGGUGCCACGUGGACGCCUUUUCGCUUUCGAUUCAGAGGGACAGCAUGUCCUCACCUGCUCCAGUAACGGAGGACUCAUUUAUCGGCUGAAAAAGGGAGACGCAGGUCUGGAGAGUGUGUUGUCUUUGGGAGGGCAUAAAGCUCCGGUGGUAACGGUGGACUGGUGUUCAGCUUUGGACUGUGGAACCUGCCUUACAGCGUCGAUGGAUGGCAAAAUCAAACUGAGCACGCUCCUCGCACAGAAACCCUGAUGAGAAAAAGUGAUUAUACAGUCCAUCAUUGUAAUGUCAUUUGUAUAUAGCACCUUUCUCCAUUUUCUGUCAGGUUAUCACACCCUUCUCAUCAUAGCUUGGGUAAAGACAACUGAACCCAGUCUAUUUCUUUUACUUUUAUUACUGUUUAAAUUUUCAGUUCGCAAUACCUGAUUUAAACUGAUAGUUCUCAAAUAAAAUCCCAUCAUACUUUAUUAAUGUAACUCUUAUUCCCUUCAAGUAGUAAAGGUGUUAAUAAGGCCAUAGCAUAUGAUUCACAUCAUUUCCAUCCUCAUCAGACCAUUCAGUGUUCUCUGUGGAUAUGGGCGGCGUCAUCCUAGAAGAGACCACUCCCACUGGGGUAGAAAUGUUUCAUCAUAGGAUAAAGAUGAUCUGUCAGAAGAAUUGUUUAUGCAGUGAUUCAUCUUUUAAUUGGACAAGUGGACCCAAACUAUGCCAGCAAAUUGCCCCUUCAGCCUCUCAUGGUAGGGGCAAACAUUCAGGUCAUGCCGAGAAUGGUCAUGGUGAAGGAUGUCUCUUCAGCCGUGCGUAUGUGUUUUUUUUCACCGCUGACUUCUCAAAUCUGCUUUUGUCUUUGUAAUGAGAGGUUUAUGGACUGCAACAUAAUACUAUAUGCCAAUACCCCUCUCUGUUUAGCUGUGAACCGAGAGUUCUGGCUGAUUGUUUAAAUACAUCCUGCAUUAACAUUUCCAGUCACCUGAAGAACAGUUUUAUCCCCGUACAUAUCACAUUAAUACACAAAUAUCAUAACUAUUGAACUUGCAUUUCGACUACAAUUUCCACAGCUUUUCCUUUAAUUUGUCUCAUCUGUAUAUUAAAACAAUUUUUUUUUUAAAAAAAGUAAAUAUGUAUGAACAACAUAUUCAUAUCAGAAUUUCUGAAACAGCUACAAAAGGUUCAGGCACCAUUUUAAAGAAUGUAUUCCUAAAUAGUAAAUAUCAACUAUUGCAUUUGUGCUUGAUACAUGAUGGAAUAAAAAGUGUUUGGUGAUACCCAAA